AUGCCCGACUGCGCUCACAAGACCUCAGGCAACUCAUGCGGCUGCACCGCCACCGCCCCAGCCGGCCAGUCUCUUUGCGCCUGGUGCCGCGACGGCCACAAGACCAUCGUCAGGAACAACGCUAACAGCGCUAAUGAGGAGGGCCAGGAGUUGAAUCAAGAUCAGGGAAAUGUCGGGCCGGAGUUUUGUUGUUCGGGAUGCGCUUCCAAGUACUGA